AUGAAAGAAUGCAAUGAAUCGGUGAAUGCUCGUCUUCCUCCGACGAGAGAAACCCAGUUGUCUUUUCUCGAGACAUGUCAAUAUCUAUCACUGUUUGCAGAAAUUUUCCCAGAAGGAAUCAUAAGGAUGAAACAAGGUUCUGGUAAAAAGAAUGACAAGGGUAAAAUGCUUGAGCAAACAAU